UUCACUGGCCGUCGGACUGCGACACUCCUCCCGCUCUUACAACUUCUUCUAAUCACUCGAUCAAGACUGUUAUUUAUUUUUAAAAAGAAGCUCAAGACACCUAACAGGACCGACGUUUUAAUAAUAUGGGAAAAGAAAAUACACGUUUUUUCACCGCUUGGAUAAUUUUGGGAAAAAUCUUUGCUACUUUUUGUUCUGACCCUGAACACACCACUACUACUUCCUAUGUGAACAACACGGCCACCCCCCCAGCAUGGAUGCAGGACUACAGCGACAUGGUGUCCAAGUUCUCUCUGCGCACGGCCGAGCUGCCCGAUGAAGACAUGUGUUACCUGCUGGCGGGCGAAGCUGCCAGCAUCCAGGAGUGUGACUUCAACCCUCUGGUGCAGACUUUCCUCAUCAUCCACGGCUGGACGGUGACGGGCAUGUUCGAGAGCUGGGUGCCCAAGCUGGUGUCGGCUCUUUACGAGCGCGAGCCCGGCGCCAACGUCAUCGUGGUGGACUGGCUGACGCGGGCCAACCAGCACUACCCCACCUCCGCCGCCUACACCAAGCUGGUGGGCCGAGACGUGGCCAAGUUUGUCACCUGGAUCCAGAAGGAGCUGCAGCUGCCCUGGGAGAAGAUCCACCUGCUGGGCUACAGUCUGGGGGCGCACGUGGCCGGCAUCGCGGGCGACCUCACUGACCACAAGAUCAGCAGGAUCACAGGACUGGACCCUGCCGGUCCCACCUUCGAGCACGCCGAGGACCAGAACACGCUGUCCAGGGACGACGCCCAGUUUGUGGACGUCCUGCACACCAACACCCGGGGCUCGCCGGGCCGCAGCAUCGGCAUCCAGAAGGCGGUGGGACACAUCGACAUUUACCCCAACGGAGGAACCUUCCAGCCGGGCUGCGACAUCCAGAACACGCUGAUGGGGAUCGCACUGGAGGGCAUCAAGGGCCUGCAAAACAUGGACCAGCUGGUCAAGUGUUCCCACGAGCGUUCCAUCCACCUGUUCAUCGACUCCCUGCUCAACACGCAGCAGCAGAGCGUGGCCUACCGCUGCUCCUCCAAGGACGCCUUCAACAAGGGUUUGUGUCUGAGCUGCCGCAAGAACCGCUGCAACAAGAUGGGCUACAACAUCAACAAGGUCCGCUCCACACGCAGCACCAAGAUGUACCUGAAGACUCGGGACAUGAUGCCCUACAAAGUUUUCCACUACCAGGUGAAGAUUCAUCUGUUCAGCAACGAGCGUCUCAGCUUCAGCGAGCAGCCGCUCAAGAUCUCCUUGUACGGAACUCACGGCGAGAAGGAAGACAUCGCUCACGUCCUUCCCGUCAUGAACGGCAACACCACCGUGUCCUUCCUCAUCACCACCAACGUGGACCUGGGAGACCUGAUGAUCGUCAAACUGCGCUGGGAGAAAGACGCCAUCAUCAGCUGGUCAGACUGGUUGGGCAGCAGCAAGUUCCGCGUGCGCAAACUACGCAUCAAAUCUGGGGAGAAGCAGUCCAAGGUGAUCUUCAGCGCCAAGGAAGCAGAGUUCACUGACCUGCUGAGAGGAGGAGAAUCUGCCGUCUUCGUCAAGUCAAAAGAAGACAAGAUGAGUCGCAGAGAGAAACUGAUGCACAAGUUGAAGGCGCAGGGAAGUCAGUUUGGUCCAAACAAUGCUUGAAAUGCACUGGAAGCUCCGCCCACCGCCGCCAUGACCAAAUAAGGACUGCCCGGCGUCGUCUUUGACCUUCCACCUCUCGUCUGCUGCUGAGAACAAUGUUACACCCUAACCCUUUUCUUUUUAUAGCGCAUACAGAGUUACUAUCAUAUGAACUUUGGAUUGUGUGGCUUCAAGGCCAGCUUUUGUUCCUUUUGUAGCGUAGACCACUAAGCACAAUCCCAGGGACCAAAGAAGUACUGACUAUCCAUCCCUUUUCUACCGCUUGUCCCUUCCGGGGUGCUGACAAUCACAUCAAUCCUUCCUUCCUUGCUGAGCUCCCACUUCACAGUCCUAUGCCCUCCCUGGCUUAUGUACAUUAUACAUCUCAAAAAUACGCCAUAUUGUAUUUAUUGAAUGUACAUUUAUAUAUUUGUAUAUUAAGCUGUGAUAUGUCAAUUGUGUGUUUUUUACAUAUAGAUAUGUACAUCAAAGAGAUGAUUCUUUGUCAUGCACAAGCUGCUGGAAUGUUGGAUCACAGUCAUCUUCCUGACAUUCAGUCAGUGCACUGACUCUAAGACUGGCAGUGCACUCACUGAUUGACUGGCAGUGCACUGACUGUAAGACUGGCAGUGCACUCACUGACUGAUUGACUGGCAGUGCACUGACUCUAAGACUGGCAGUGCA